AUGUCCGACACUUUCGGCGAUAUCAUCAACGGCGCUGCCGGCACAGCACAGGGUAGGGAGGGAACGACAGUCCAGACACUCGUCAUCUCGCUUGCUGCUGGUAUCGUCCUGUUCGCCGUACAAUUCGGAGCGUUCCUAAUUGUGCGGAACUACCUAUGGGCCAAGCGAAUAUAUCAGCCAAGAUCCUUCUUGAUCCCAUCCAAGGACAGAGUCAAACCGCCGCCCAACAAUCCUGCCAGAUGGCUUUGGCUGUUGUUGAAGACCCCGAACGCCUUGGUCUUGCGGAAAGCAGGCAUGGAUGCCUAUUUCUUUGUCCGGUACUUGGGCAUGUGCUUGAAGAUGUUCUGCCCUAUGGCUCUCGUCAUCCUACCUAUCCUAAUUCCAAUUAAUUACACUGAUGGAAAAGGCACGAAUACCAUAGGCAACACUCGUUACAAUGUCACCGGCCUAGAUACACUUGCGUGGUCUAACGUGGCACCAGCGCAUACCCAGCGCUACUGGGCGCAUCUAGUCUUAGCGCUCGGCGCCAUAAUCUGGGUCUGCUAUUUGUUUUAUCACGAAUUAAUGCACUAUGUCGUCAAGAAGCAAGAGUACCUUGGCAGUCGAAGCCAUCGGCUAAAGGCUUCCAGCACCACUGUCCUCAUCAUGGACAUACCCAAGCAUCUGUGCACCAUCGAAGCAUUGAUGGAACUCUAUGAUGAUUUUCCUGGUGGCGUACGGAGAAUAUGGUUGAAUCGGAACUUUGAGUCACUCGCCAACAAGGACAAACUACGGAGGGAGUACGAGCACCGCCUUGAGAAUGCCGAGACCAAUCUCAUCCGUAAAGUGGUCAAGCAACGUCGGAAGAAAGGAGAAGGAGUCGACAAUGGAGACUCGAACGAGAUGUCGACAUUGAAAGAGAGUGCAACAUCCGCAAAUCAUUCGCAUAGUAAACCUCACAAGGACGAGGAAAUUCAAGCCACUAAGAUUACAACGCAGGCAGCUUGCGAAAACGAUCUUCAACAUGAUCUGACAACGAAAGCUCUAUGGACCAAAUUUAUUACGCCAAAGCAACGGGCGAAAAUGCGGAUCCCUCGGCCCAAUCAUUCAUUUGCAUGCAAAAUUCCCCUCCUCGGUCGCUUUUUCUCGUUGAAGGUUGACACUAUCUACUACUGUCGGCGGGAACUUGCGCGCCUGAAUCGGGAGAUUGAAGCAGAGAUCGAAGAAGCAGAUGAUUGCCCACAGAACGGAUCGGCGUUCAUCCAGUUCAACAGUCAGAAAGCGGCACAUAUGGCAUGCCAGGCCGUUGCCAAUACAAUGCCCGGGCGGAUGGCUGAACGAAUGGUCGAGAUCUCGCCCGCAGACAUCAAUUGGCCAGCGCUAAACUACACGCGACAGAACAGAGCUAUACGACUUCUCAUCUUCGUAGUACUGUUCGCUGUGCUGGUGUUCGUGUUCGGUCUGAUAUCGUUCUUUACUGGACUCCUUUCCAGAAUAUCGACACUAGCCGACUCGACUUCGUGGCUGCGGUGGAUCGGCACGCUGCCCCGCUGGCUGUUAUCUUUCAUACAAGGUACUCUCCCUCCGGUGAUCCUGGUUAUUCUUUUGAGUGGCCCGACGCCGAUUGUCCUUCGAGCAAUGACAAACAGCACGCGUGGGGCCACUACGGGCUCUCGAGGGGAGCGCUCCCUCCAGCUCUGGUACUUCAUCCUUCUCGUAUUCGAGGUCUUCAUCAUCCCGACCAUCUCAUCCGGGCUCACUAGUAUUGUGCAGGAACUCAUCCACAAUACGGCGUCUGUUCCCCAGAUCCUGGCCACAAAUCUGCCCACGGCAGCGAACUACUACUUCUCAUUCUUGGUCCUUCAAGCUCUGUCAAUCAGCUCCAGCUCAAUCCUGCAGACAAUCCGUCUGUUGAACUUCUACAUUUUCACAAGCGUCAAUACUCCGGAUGACGUGUACGGCAAAUUGAGUUUCACCUGGAGGACUAGAAUCGGAUCGAACAUUCCAUGGUACACGACAUUUGCCGUCAUCGGACUUGUCUACUCAGUCAUCGCACCGCUCAUGUUGGUCUUCAUGUUGCUGACGUUCAGUCUGUUCUACGUCGUCAUCAAGAACAAUGUCCUGUACGUUGUCCGCACGGGAGACGUGGAUAGCGGUGGACUCUGGGUCCCCAGUGCAAUCAACCAGACUUUCACGGGUCUAUACUUCAUGGAGGUCUGCCUGAUAGGCUUGUUCUUCCUCGUCCGCGACGCAGACAAUAACGUUUCGUGUGAGGCACAGGGCAUCAUCAUGUCCAUCGCGUUCGUACUCACUAUGAUGUAUCAGAUUUGGCUGACAGUCCACUUCAAUGGUCUCUUCAAGUAUGCCCCUCUAGAGCUGCUGGCGGGAGAGAGUCAAACUUUGUUACGUGACCAACCAUCCGAGGUGGAAGCCUCACGCCCGACCUCGAGCGUGGAGCCUGAGGACACUAGAGUGGCGAGUGACGACGACGCAGCAGCAGCAGCAGCAGCCAAUGAGAAAGAAAUUGAUACCGUGGGGAAGAAGGAUGUCCUUCUUCCUCCAGAACAGACUGAGACUGGACAAACUGGAGCACCUGAACAAGCAUUACCGUUCCCCUCACUCGCCGAAAAGCGACGGCCUUCCUCAAGAUCACAAUCACAACCACAACCACUAGCUAUACCAAGGCCGCAUCGAUCUCGCCGCGAAACAGUGUCCGACAUGGAAGAGGCAAAGGAGCACGACAAACACCACGCCAAGCGGAUCCUCGCGCGCUUGCACCGACCGCUCAACGAAGCCCGGCUUGCCGCGCUGGAGUCACAGCUCUCCUCAACUGAGGGCGCCGCCGCCGCAGGGGCUGUCACCAACACUAACACUGCCAACACCAAAGCCCUGCCCACGUACAUCAUCCCCCGCAAGCGCGAGAUCCUCGCACUGAUGAUGAACGACCCAAUCAGCAAGAUCAUCAUGCAGCACAACGACGACCUGGAGGCGUUGACAAGCGAGGAGCGUGAUAUGUUGGUCAGUGUGGCGUUCACGCAUCCCGUCCUACGGGAGCCAAUGCCUAGUGUCUGGAUCCCAAGAGACGAUAUUGGUGUUGGGGCUAGUGUUAGUGACGAUGAAGUUCGGAGGACAAGGGAGGGGAGUGGACGCGGGUAUCUCGCGAUCGACAAUCGGGGGGCGUUCUUCAGCCGGGGCAGGAGGUUGAAGGUCGCGGUCGAUAAGCCGCCGCCGGAUAUGAGUGAGUUUGCGCUGGUCAUGGCUGAGUUGUGA